GGGAGGAGGGAACCGAUCGCGCCGCUGCCCCCGCCGCUCCAUGGCCCCGGCCCCCCCGGCGGAGCCCGGUGCCCGCGGCCCCCGGGGAACCGGCCCCGGCGGGAGCAGAACGGCUCGGCAGCGGGGGGAGGAGCAGCCGAACCAGGGGCGAUGACUGCGGAGAGCACCGAAACCGCGGGGCCGGGGCGGGACCGGGGGGCAGGGGGUCCCGAGGGGCCGGUGCCCCCCAAGGGGCCGGUGCCCCCCGUCCCCCCCCGGCGCCGGGGCCGCCGCCUGCGCCGCAAAACCCCCCCGGAGCCGCAGGUGAAGGGGCAGCUCCGCAUGCGCUCGCCCUCGGGAGCCUUCGUCAUGGUGGGCGUCUCGGUGGUCCUGGUGGGCAUGACCAUCGCCGUGGUGGGCUACUGGCCCCACCGGGGGUCCGGAGGCGGCGGGAGCGGCGCUGGGAACGGCAGCGUGGUGGGGGACACCAGGAGGGACGUGGCCGCCAGACGUCACCUGCCCCACAGCGAGAAGCUGAAGCUGAUCGGCCCCGUCAUCAUGGGCGUCGGGCUCUUCAUCUUCAUCUGCGCCAACACCAUGUUGUACGAGAACCGGGACAUGGAGACGCGCAGGCUGAUGCAGAAGGGGGUCUGCUCCCCGGACCAGGGGAUCCCCCAGGGGACCAACCCCGAGGACGGGCACGGCCAGCGUGGGGACAGCCAGCCAGUCCCCAAGGCUGAGUGCCUGGAGGGCUGCUACCGGGUGGACCUCACCUGCCAGCCCUGCCCCGGCCCUGCCGGCAAGUGGUCUGACGUCUACAGCCCCAGCAGGCUCCAGACCACGGCCGAGCUCCUCCAGCAUCCAGCAGCAUCCCCUGCUGCUUCCCUCCUCAGCCUCCGCUCCGCAGCCUCCGCCGAGGCCAACCUCAGCUUGUCGCGCUGUGCUGGAGCCGAGUCGCUCCUCUCCUCGGCCGUGGGCGCCUUGGCGUUGCCUGUCAUCAAGCUCAACAACUGCCUGCUGGAUGCAGCCACACGGGGGGCUGGCCAGAGGGUGGAGGGGAACCACACUGAGCCCCCCGCCGAAGCCCCCCGGCCCUCCCGGGCUCUGCUCGCCGGUGGCAGCAUCAGGCCCCGUGGGCAGGAGCGCGGUGGGGCUGGUGGCCACGUCAUCAUCAACAUGGAGAGCAGCUGCCUCGACGCGGAGCCGGCGGUGGAGCUCAGCCUGGAUGCACUGCUCCACACCCCAGGGCACUCCAAAUCCCUGGAUCUUGGCCGGCCAGGGGUGCUGGUGGUGGCUCCCAUCAAGGACCGUAAGAACCGGAGCUGGCCCCGGCUGGACCACGUCAGCCUGGUGGGUUAUGCCAAACUGGAGAGCACGGGCGAGUCCUCAGACCGGCUGCUGGAGCCCAGCGAGCCCCGACCCAGCUCCUGGGCAGUGGGGAUGGAGCAGGGCACACGGGUCUGAUGUCCUCACCCCCUUUGGGGACCGUCACGUUGCAGUCCCUCAGCUUGGUGCCCAGCACCCACCGGUGACCCCAAAACCCCCCGUCCUGGAGGGGCUUGGGGAUGGUGUUUUUCAGUGGAUGCCACAAGGGAGGUGCUGACCUGCUGCUCCCGGGGGAGCACUGACCUGGGGUGGGAUCUCCUCUCCUGGGUGCCUCUCAGUGACUUCCCCAUGGAUGCCCUUGACCUUACAAGCCUUUCUCCUGGUGGCUUUGCCAGAGGAACCUUUGCUUUGGGACCCAACACAAACUGCAGGACGGGAGACGCAGGGCGGGAGCUGCCCCACCAGCCCGUGCAGCACUUUAUUUCAGCAGGGUUGGGGUGGGGGGGGGAUGUUUUUUUGGGGGGUGGUGUCCCCUUG